AUGCCACCACCGACCAAGCUCCCCGCACACGAGCCAGAGUCACCCCCCGAGGCGCUCGAGACCAUUCCUAGGCUAUCCCCUACGAAGGCCCUAGACAUGUACCACCCCCCCGCGGCGCACGAACCUACCGAACCCAUGCCCAUGAAAGAACCCGCCGCAGCCAUACCCACCGAGGCCUUCUCGGAAGUGCUGUCCUCCUCCAUGGACGCACUGCAGGGGGCCUCCGACGCUUGUUCCGGUUCCGCGCCGACCCCCUUUGUGUACGCGACAUUCGCAUUGAUGAUUCUCAAUAUCCUCCUCGUCGGCGCCGUCGCAUACGCCAUGUACAGGCAAUCCAAGUCUGCUCGGAGGACGGUAGGCCGUGUUCCGUCUCCGGAACCUUGCGGCGCCGCACGAGGAUCUUGCGAGUGCAAAGGGGCAGCGCAUCAACCCGCCCAGGACUCGGAGGCUGUCGGCCUCCUCGAGCAACGCAACCCUGCCGUAUAA